CACGCCGGCAAAAGACACGCCGUGUGCGAUUACGUCCGUCCGAAAGGGCUGCGACGGUCUCAACUCCCUCUUCCUGAAGGAUCUAGAUGGCUCUCUGCUCGGUCAAGUGUAUUCGAGCAUCAUCGUGCCGAAGACAAACACCCUCUUUUCUUAUGACUGGAGGCGUCGACGUCGACUGGUGUGAUUGACUUAAACUUCCCGUAUGGUAUUUGAUGAUGUUCAUGUUACGCAUACUCUGGUGGUGACACCUUCAUCUACAUCGAUCAUUAGAUAUCUUCAGGUUGUCAACAAGCAGUUCGUCACGAAGAUAAGUAGUUUGAUGUGCUAUUAUGCUUAAUAUUAUAGAUGAGACAGACGAGACCACAUCAACUUGAAUUCAUAUUUUUUCUACUCCUUCAACUUGUUCAACAAAGAAUUCAUUUUCAUUUUCGUAGAACAAGUUGACUGUUACCAAUGGUACAGUAUCAGUAACUACCAUGAUCUCCUAGCUGUGCAGGAGUAAAGACACUAGAAGUACUUAGCGCGUAGCUAAGGAGAAGCUACCGAUGUAACUACGUGCUCAAAAAUCAACUUGUCGAGGAACCAGACACCACGCUCAUCUCCUAGUCUUUUUCCUAGUCUUUUUCCUUUCAUUCUCGCGGUCAGCUGGUGGAUUCGGGUUCGACGUACUAUCAGGACUGCCAGGAAGCCAGUGG